AUGGCCUUCUCCAUACAAACGAUUUUUUCGAAUCUCUUCAAUGGGUUUUCGCAGGAUUUCCGGAAAAAGAACUUUUCCCUCUACGGCCAAUGGAUUGGCCUCUUCACCAUCUUUUUAUGUUUGGCGCUAGGAAUUGCCAACAUCUUCCACUUCAACUUGGUGGUGAUCUUUGCCAUCAUCUGUAUUGUGCAAGGUUUGGUUGUUUUGUUUGUCGAGGUGCCGUUCUUGCUCCGUAUUUGUCCCUUGACCGACACCUUCACCAGAUUCAUCCACAAUUUUGACGACAAUUGGCCUCGCUGUGGUUUCUACUUGUUGAUGAGCGCUAUCCAAUGGUUGAGUUUGACCAUCCAAGCCACGUCGUUGAUUGCUGUGGCUCUUUUUUUCCUUUUCUCCAGUUUGUGCUAUCUUUUCGCUGCUCUCAAGCACCAGGAGUACAUCAAGUCCUCGUUCAACGUGGCUGGCGACGGCAACGACUUGGAGUCACAGGCUGCCAGCCAUAUUGUGAGAAAUGUCUUGUGA